AAAUUCCUUGGAGUCAAAAGAGAAAAAAAAUAUUUUGUCUGUAAAAUACUGGCAGAGAAUGCAUCACGUGCAAAUUUAGUGCAAAUUAUUGUCAAGUUGUGUCACUAAAAGUCGUUUUUCGGUGAUAUUUUCCGGAAAUUCGCAGAGAAAAUAAUUUAAAUAAAUAAUAAAAAAAAACAAAACAAGUGAAAAAGAGAUCACAUGAUUUAACAAAAAAAAAAUAAAUAAAUAAAAAUAAAAAUUGUGUCAAAAAAAAUAAAUAAUAGAAAUAGAAAAAUAUUUGAAAGGCAGAAAAAAUAAAAGUGCGCCAAAAAUUCUUCAACAGUGUUCAAUUCAAACUUAAAAAUUUUCCUAAUCUGCAAUACAAUGGCUGCACAGGCAGCUUGUACUCGUUUUUCUGACAACUACGAAAUUAAAGAGGAGCUCGGCAAGGGAGCAUUUUCAGUUGUCAAAAGAUGCGUACAAAAGUCAACCAGUCUGGAAUUUGCAGCCAAAAUUAUCAACACAAAGAAAUUAACGUCUAGAGAUUUUCAAAAGUUAGAACGCGAGGCUAGAAUUUGUAGGAAAUUACAGCACCCCAAUAUCGUACGACUACAUGACAGUAUACAAGAAGAAAAUUAUCACUACCUCGUAUUCGACUUAGUAACCGGCGGCGAGCUCUUCGAAGACAUUGUCGCGCGUGAAUUUUACUCGGAAGCCGAUGCGUCACACUGCAUUCAACAGAUACUCGAGUCUGUGCACCACUGUCACUCCAAUGGCGUGGUGCAUCGAGACUUGAAACCGGAAAACUUGCUGUUGGCCAGUAAAGUUAAGGGUGCUGCUGUCAAAUUGGCCGAUUUUGGCUUAGCUAUUGAGGUACAAGGUGAUCAGCAAGCAUGGUUUGGCUUUGCUGGCACUCCAGGCUACUUGUCGCCGGAAGUGUUGAAAAAGGAGCCGUAUGGCAAGGCCGUCGACAUUUGGGCAUGUGGCGUUAUUCUGUAUAUCCUACUUGUCGGUUAUCCACCCUUUUGGGACGAAGACCAACACAGAUUGUACGCACAAAUCAAGGCGGGCACCUAUGACUAUCCAUCACCUGAAUGGGACACCGUUACUCCUGAGGCUAAAAAUCUGAUCAAUCAAAUGUUAACUGUUAAUCCGUAUAAGAGAAUCACAGCGUCUGAUGCCUUGAAGCAUCCAUGGAUUUGUCAAAGAGAACGUGUUGCUUCGGUCGUACACAGACAAGAAACCGUGGACUGCCUCAAGAAAUUCAAUGCACGUCGUAAGCUUAAGGGUGCUAUUUUAACAACGAUGCUGGCAACAAGAAAUUUCUCAAGUAAAAGUAUGAUAGCUAAAAAGGGUGACGGAUCUCAAGUUAAAGAGUCAACCGAUUCUAGCACAACAAUUGAGGACGAUGAUGUUUGUAAAGAAGGCAAAGGAGUUGUUGAUCGGAGUUCAACUGUAAUUGCUAAAGAUCCGGAAGCUCAAACGAACACAACGGCAAUUCCAAAUAACUCGACGCCCCCGAUGUCGCCCAUGGGACCCAAUAAUGGGGGCGGGGGCGGCAGCGGCACCGGAACAUCAAGCGUUACGGGAGCACUCUCCAUGUUAUCGGCAGCUGCUGCCUUAACUGCUAGCAAAAUGAGCACGCAACUUCAUGCCGCUGCCGCAGCAGCUGCAGCCUCAUCGCCAACAUCGUCAUCCAGUCCCACAAAUAAUAAUACCAAUAACAAUAAUAAUAACAACAACAACAACAAUAACAUAGGUAGCAAUGCGAAUAACAGUAAUUCUAGUACUAGUUUGAACAUUAGUAGUAGUGUGUCGUCGAUACUAGCGAAUGCAUUUAGCAGUAAAUCACAAAACACAAUUGUCAAUACAGGCAUCGUCACAACCACAAAUACCGUUACGUCGCAACCGACACAGCAACAGCAGCAAACUGGGGCCUCGUUGUUACAGAGUGUUCAAGCACGCCGCCAGGAGAUCAUAAAAAUGACUGAAAACGUGAUUGAGGCAAUCAAUAAUGGGGACUUUGAUGCAUACACUAAACUUGUUGAUCCCCAUUUGACUGCAUUCGAGCCGGAAGCAUUGGGUAAUUUAGUAGAAGGAAUGGAUUUCCAUAAAUUUUACUUUGAAAAUUCUGUGCUCGGAAAGAACUGCAAGGCGAUCAACACGACAAUAUUGAAUCCACACGUUCAUUUACUCGGUGACGAUGCUGCCUGUAUCGCCUACGUGCGACUAACACAAUACAUUGAUAAACAAGGCCAAGCUCAUACCGAACAACGAGAGGAAACUCGUGUGUGGCACAAACGAGACAGCAAAUGGCAGCUGGUACAUCUUCAUCGAAGCGCCAAGUAAGAGAA